AUGGACGUUUUUACCCCCACAGACGACCAAUGCGAUCGGCUUAAGACGCCCUCGUAUCUUGAGCUCGUUGUGUCCAUCGUCCUUCUACUCGGCAUCCUCGUGUCCUACCUCCCUCAACACUACCGCAUCAUUUCCCGGGGCACCUCUGAGGGCAUCUCCCCGUACUUCGUAUUGCUGGGAGUCACCUCCGCUACUGCCGGCUUCGCAAACAUCCUCACUGUUCCACCAUCCCGUGCCGCCAUAGGAUGUUGCAAGGAGCUUGGCAGAUUUGAAUGCGCAGCUGGCUUACUCGGUGUUGCUCAGCUCGGUGCACAAUGGCUCUGCUUCAGUCUCAUCCUUGUUCUCUUUCUCAUCUUCUUUCGAUAUAGGCAAGCCAAUGUCCCCCCGGAAGAUCUUCGCGGCGAUGCACCAAGAUGGCAGACCGCGGUCAUGGUCGGACUACUCUGUGUUCUUCAUGGUCUCAUUGUGAUCAUUCUAACCGGUUUCUUUUUCAUUGCCCUUCCUGAUCACCUUGUCUUUUGGGCCAAUUUCCUGGGUGUCAUGGCCACCGUCCUAGCCUGUAUUCAAUACGUGCCUCAGAUUUGGAUGACCUACCAUCUCAAGCAUGUCGGGAGUCUGAGCAUCCCCAUGAUGUGUAUUCAGACCCCUGGUGGAUUUUUAUUCGCGGGAAGCUUGUUUGCCCGUUUGGGUUGGGAAGGCUGGAGCACCUGGUUCAUCUACUUGAUCACUGCGUCUAUGCAAGGAUCAGUUCUUUUCAUGGGUGUGUACUAUGAGUACACAGCGCGACAGCGCAGUGGACAUGGUAAUGGUCACAUCGAUAGCGCACCUCACUCACCUGUGCAACACUCAAGCGCUCCUCAAAGACCCCCGCCAGGCAGCCGAACCUACUCGGAGGGCUGGGAGCGUGGUCUGCCAGGUCCCUUCACAGGUCACCCCGAAAGGUAUGCAGAGACAGAAGAGGAUCUUGAGGAUAUUCAAGACCGCGAAGAGCGUGCCAUCCAACGUGAAAGUCAACCGUUAUUGAGGCCUGGCGGUAUUGGCAACCCUCACCGGACGUGA